UCUGUGUAGAGUAAACUUUACUUAACUCUCCGGAGUUGCGACUGAAAAAAGUGUGCCACGAACGCCAAGGAAACUCAACUCACCAGAGUAACAAAACUCUGCAUGAAACUCAAAUUGUUUUUAUUGAUGUAAGUGGCCCUGGCAAUGUAAAUAAAAGAAAAAUAAAUAUUGAAAUACCUAAUUUCUUUGUUUACUAUUUGGAUCUACCUCUAAAGUGCAAAUUCACUUAAUUGUGACGUAAUAUUUUUAUUUUGAUGACGUUGCAUAUACUACGGAACGUCUGUCUCACCAAUAAUGGAGGGGAUGGACGUACUAUAUGAUAUUAUUAUAGAAAACCCUUCUAAAAUAAGCGAAACAAUUUUCGAGCCAAUUGAAACCCCUCUAGCAUCAUCCACUCCAAAAAGGAAACCCGCCUGGAGCGACCUAGAACAGGGUGUUUUAAUCGAUUGUGUCGCCAAAAAUGAACAGAAACUUUUCGGAAAGUUCAAAGGACCCGGGAGGGGUAAAGCUGAGAGGGAAGCAGCCUGGGAGGAUGUGGCAAGAGCUGUAAACGAAGUAGGUAUUUACCUGCGAACAGGAAAAGAGGCGUCCAAACAGUAUGCAAAUUUGAAAACCAGAGCAAAGGACAAAUUGUCUCAGACAAAAAGACCCAAGACAGGUGGAGGUCCAAAGCCCCCAUCACCAACCCCAGUUGAGCAAGCCUUGCUAGAUACGCUGGAAGGAAGGCCUUCGAUGCAGGGGUUGAGCUCGGGUUUUGAUUCUGGUGAAUUGGAGACGGAUAGGGAUCAGCUGGUAGCAUCCACCUCAACAUGCAGCGAGUUGUCUUCAGACACAAGUACUUCAGUGCCACCUCCUUGCUCUAAUAAAGAAAACAAAAAGGAACAGAGUUUAAUAAAUCUACAGAAAGAUCUUCUAAAGACAGAAAAGAGAAAGUUAGAGUUGGAAAUGGAGCUAAUGCGUUUGAAGAAAACGAAGAUUUCGGAAGAAGUUGAAGUUUUGGGUUUAGAAAAAGAGAAGCUGAAAGAAGAAAUAAUGUUAUUAAAGUUGAAAAAGAAUUAAACGUAUACUCUUAUAAAUGCAAAUAAAUUAUCAAUGAAAUUAUAUAU